AUGCCACUCCUCGCCUUCCCUGUGGACGCUACACCGGCCUCGUUCGCAGUAGCAUUGAGUACUCCAUCUGGUGAUCUACCGAAAGAAGUGCAACGCAAGCUGAAGAGACGGGCCGAAUUACAAGGCGAGCUCCUCCUCUGCCGUCUCCGAUUGGCCAUGAACGCGAAGGAAGGCAUGGCUCCAUGGAGGCGCCGUGUGGGCCAAAGCAUCAGGCCAAACACGAUCGCCCUGGCUUUCCCAACCAUGAAGGCUCUGUUCAACGUCACCGGCCAUGAUGGUCGCUCUCUCGUCGCUGGCCGUGCAGGGCGGGACGAUCUCGUCGGCUUCAUUUUCGCCCAGGCUGCGCAAUACAACAACGUUGCCCAGAUGGAGCAGAGCCUGAUCGGUGCUCAGCCCUCGCUCUCGGCCUACCUUCGAGCACCGCUGAGCCACGGAAUGCCCGGCCUGGGGUUGAUGUGGCCUGCCAACUGGCCUGGGAUCGGGGAGUGGGGCAUCACGCUCCGAGAGGCGAAGGACGUCGUGUGGCCCAAGCUGGCCACCAUUGCCAAGCGCAUUCGCGGCAGGGCUGCCUACGGCUGGUACGGACUGUCGCUGAUUGCGACCACAAUCCUUGACAUUGGCGUAAAUGCUGUCGUCCGCAACUCGUUCCCGCGGGACCUGGCCUCCGAGUCUUGGCUGCCAACCAUCAUCCGCUGGGCCGGCGAGAGGCAUUCCCUGACCGUCGAGUAA